AUGCGGCCAGCUCGAGACGACGCAUCAGGUGCGACUAGCCUGCGGGUUCCUGCCGACUUGGCGCGGAGCACUUUGGCAAGCCUGCCCUUCCAGCCUGACCCGCCGGCCCACCGGCCCCCAAGCGUCCCUCCGACGGAGUCCCCAGGCCUUUUCACCGUGGCCGCUCCAGCCCCAGGAGCGCCUUCUCCUCCCGCCACUCUGGCGCACCUUCUUCCCGCCCCGGCCAUGUACAGCCUGCUGGAGACCGAGCUCAAGAACCCCGUGGGGCCCCCCACGCCAGCGGCGGGCACGGGCGGCCCCACCGAACCCAGCUCGCCGCCGCCAGCCAUCACCUCGCACUCGCAGCGCGCGUGCCUCGGCGACCUGCGCGACAUGAUCAGCAUGUACCUGCCGCCCGGCGGGGACGCGGCCGACGCCGCCUCGCCGCUGCCCGGCGGCCGCCUGCACAGCGUCCACCAGCACUACCAAGGCGCCGGGACUGCCGUCAACGGAACGGUGCCGCUGACCCACAUCUGAGCGCCCGCCUGCGCGCGCCGCCCCUUCGCCCCCAUCCCGCCCCGCUCCCCCAAGUUGGGACGCCUUGUUGUUUAGCUUUGCUUGCCUGGGACUGUUGCCUUGUACCGCUGAGAUGGGGAAGACAGAAAGUUUUGCCGUAGCUGUCGGGUUUUGUACAAAAGCGAGAAAGUCCGGAGCAGCGGGAGCGGGACUUUCUAGAGCUCGCCUCCCCCCUCGCCGCUGCCCCUCCCUCCCCUUUUGUAAGCUGGGAAUCGCUGUGAUGUUUGCAGAAAAAAAGCCGCCGCCCCCCCCCUCCUCCUCCUGGGUUCCUGGGUUUUUCUGUUGCAUUUGAAAAUGUUGUGUCAUUAGUUUGCUGUUAGCCGAGGAGUGAGUGAACAGGAGAAGCGUACUCUCGGGCGAGGCUGGCUCGAGAACGCAACGCCUCCUCCCCCGGUCGCGUUGCAGCGGUUUUCCUGGUGGGUUUGGGGGGGGGGGGGCUGACCGCGCGGAGCGGCGCGGCAGCUGAGGCCAAUGUAAUUUAUAGCCAGGUGUGCGUGUGUCUCCCGCCUCGCCGCCGCUGGCUGCGGGGACAGCUUCCGUCCAGUCCACAUUUAGGCUGUUGAGUUGGUGAUUUCUGCCGUGAUCUGUUGGAUAUAUUUCGUCGCGCUAAUGUAUUCGAAUUUCGUUUGGGUGGUAGGGAAGGGUCUAUUUUGUUUCAGUGUUUUCAAGGUUUUACUCUUAAUUCCUAAAUGAGAGAUCAAUAAAUUUUAUAACCAACA